AUGGAGGUACCACCAGGUCUCUUAAUUGACCAGACAGGUUCACAAAAGGUGGUUUGCAAACUCAACAAGUCAUUGUAUGGGCUAAAGCAAGCCAGUAGACAAUGGUAUUCCAAGUUGACUGAAGCCCUAUCAUCAAUGGGGUAUAGACAUUCUGAGAAUGACUAUUCACUCUUUUCCAAGAAGACUUCUUCUCAUAUUAUAUUUGUAGUUGUAUAUGUUGAUGAUGUUAUCAUUACUGGGGAUGAUUCAGUUGAGAUAGCCAAUUUGAAAUCAUUUCUUGAUAAGCAAUUCAGAAUCAAGUAUCUUGGGAAACUCCAUUACUUCUUGGAUCUAGAGGUUCUCUACAAAGCAGAUGGUGUCAUCAUGUCUCAAAGGAAGUUCACCCUAGAUUUGCUGAAGGAAUAUGAUUGUUUUGACUACAGUAGUUUGUCCUCUCCUCUUGACCCUAUUGUGAAGUUAAAAGCUAAUGAGGGCACUCCUCUUCUAGAUCCUACCUAUUACAGAAAGUUAGUGGGAAAACUGAAUUUUCUCACUAACACACGACUUGACAUAGCCUACAGUGUACAACUUCUUAGCCAGUUCAUGCAAGCACCUAGAGAUACACAUUUGACAGCAGCAUUUCAUCUCCUCGGGUAUCUCAAGAGUGAUCCCACACUUUCCAUAUUCUUUUCCAACAACACUGAUUGUUCCAUCAGUGCCUGCUGUGACUCUGACUGGGCAUCAUGCCCUGACUCUAGAAAAUUUGUUACUGGGUACAUUGUUUUGGUUGGAGACAAUCCUAUUAGUUGGAAAUCAAAGAAGCAGGAAACCAUUUCCUUAUCCUCAGUUGAGGCAGAAUACAGGUCCCUCAAGAAGGUGGUAGGAGAACUGUCCAGCCCCAUUGCUGUCUUUUGUGACAGUCAAUCUGCCAUCCACAUUGCUCACAAUCCAGUUUUUCAUGAAAGGACAAAAUACAUCGAAGUUGAUUGUCAUUUUGUACGGAACAAACUUCAGGAAGGCUUGAUUUCUCUCCACCAUGUGGCCACCAAUGAUCAAUUAGCUGAUAUACUUACCAAGGCACUCACUGGGGUUAAACAUCAUGCUGUACGUGGCAAGUUGGUUGUGAGAUCCUCCCAUCCACCUUGA